CUGUUCGUGUCUCCCGGGAACGACGUGCCGCAGUACUGAUGAUACCGCGCCUGUUACCAGUCGGCGUUUUGCUUAUUCUGCAAUGCGUUUCCGAAGUCACUAUUUUUAGUGGCUCGGCAAUAGACGUUAGUUUGCCUAUCGAUGUAGUUAGAGCUUUAACCAUCGGAAACGGAAGUAGGUUGGAAUGUAUCGAAUAUCAUAACAUGCCACUAGUGUUUUGGCACAAAGAAUCUCUUGAACCGAAAUUGGCAUUAAUUCGAUCGCUAAACGAACAAGAUGUGACGAUUAAGCGUGGUAAGUAUUUAUUCAUUUCCGUCAUAGCAAUAAUCAGGGUUCCGGAAAUAUAUCACUUAAUAUCAACAAAAAAAAAAGAGCUUAGAAACUUCAUUAUAACAUUGAAAUAGUACUUCAACAAAUUCACAUAAGCAUAAAAAGUCUAAAACUAAAAAACUAUAAAUUUAUUCUCAAAAGGUACACUUUCAAAUUGCGUUGCAUAUUUAAACUCUUGAAUGGUUUUAAUGCUACACUCGCGGAUUUGUAUUGCUCCAUGAGCACAAACCCAGCGACGACACGAUAAAUAAAUAAGUUAACAUAAACAAGAAAAUAAGUGAUGUGUAAUAAAGCGAGGCUAUUUAAAAAUCGUAAGCUUACGUUAUAAUAAAGUAGAAAAUAAGGAAAAUAAAUUAGGAAAAACUUGUACAAAGUCUUUUCUAUUUUUAUUUAUAAAAACCAUCAUAUAAGGCAAAGAAAGGUUGCACUUUAAAAUGUCAUAUUUGAACUAGUUGUAAUAUAACAUAAAUUUCCAUAGCAUUAUGCUAGAUUGACACGCCAAAAAAAUAAGUAAACGCGUAGGUUCUCGAACCCUGGUAAUAACAUUCUGCGGUAAACGUGUUACAACAUUCGUCGUAAUUGCGUGAAUUUCAUUCACAUUUACGAGUAUUUAGAACUGUUGGCGGCCAGUUGUAAGUGGCUUUGGAAUUCGGUACCGGAAUUGAUGUUGCUGGAAUUGUACGCCGGUGAUCAACAAAUCAAAUCUUACAAAAAACCGGGAAACUUGUACACUUCGGUAAUUAAUAAAACCAACAGUACGCGUUGGAAAUGUGACGGUAGCAGUAUUGUAGAACACGUGGAGGUCACGUUUGAAAAUAAUAUCACGUGAGUGUUCAGUUUGAAAUAUUUUAACGAAAACAUAUCGAGUUAUUAUAUUAUAAUUUAUAACAAAAAUUUUACUCGUUUACACCAUAAAAAUAAUACACUAUCUAAUAUGAAUAAUUGAAAACGAUAAAAUUAAGUAUUUGUAUCGAUGGCGAGCACAUAUCCCUAGCUAGAAAAAUACGACUAUAUGAGUAUUAAUUUAGUAAUUUUAUCUCAAAAUUAUAUACUUCAACCAAAUUACAAAGAAAUAGACAUUUUUGAUUUAAUUAAUAAAAAAUGGCUUUUCCGGAUCAGGUUUUUAAAUUCUCAUUGUCAGGUUCGGUAUAUAACAAAAGACGAUUCUACGAUUCAUCCAAUAAUCAUGAUUAUUAUUUUAUUAAAUCCAAUCGCGAUGAGAAAUAAUUACUGGACACCUGUAUAUCUAUUCUCAAAUUUAAUAUUACUGCCAAACUAAAAACGAUAAAAUACUUCUACAAAUAAGUAUAAAAUAUUAAAGAAAAUAGUAUAGAUAUAGGUAUGGUUUUUUUUAAAUUUAUUAUUCUCUCAUUGCAUUGUUCGUGAAAGCAUUUUUCCUUCAAUUGUUUCUGUCUUAAUAGCACGUUCAUAUAAGUACUAUGGAUACAUAUAAUUUGUUUCACUUGCUCAGUGUAACAAUAAUAGCGAUUAAUUGAUUGCGAGCCCCUAUGGCCUAUAAUAAUAUGACGGACGGACAACACUCGUGAUUAUCUAAAGCGCAUUGGACCGAAUACAGGAAAAAAAAAUAUUUAUCUUAAUAAUUCACACCAUGGGUGAGCCACUAAUAGUGUAGUUUAGUACUUGUUAAAAUAGGAUAUAUAGGGUAAUUUAAUUUAUAAUUGUGCAUACAACAAUGCAAUCAUUGCACAACGAAAACGAUUUUGAUCAGAGUUUGGUUAAAAUAUUUUAAUACAUUUAAUUAAUAUAUAACAACAAAAUAAAUUAUAAUUGCUCGUGUUUUUAACGAAUUUUAACAUGAAAAUGAAUUUAAAAUGCUGAUAUAAACAAAUUUUAAAGUUGUUAUCUACAUAAAACUAAAAAAUACUCGAACAUUACAAAUAGGUGGACAAUUUUAAAAACUUAAUAACGAUAUAAUAUUUUAAAAAUUUUUCCGCGUUUAUAAAUGUGCUAAUAUAAGUAAAAUUGAAAUAGUUUCUGGUUUCUACUGUUAUUUUUCAUUCGAUUUUUUUUACUAAAAAGAAAAAAAACAUUAUUCUUGUAAUUUUACCUAUGCCUUUCAUUGGAUUUAAAAUAAUCACAAUCCCAGAUGAAAUUACAAUUUAAUUAAAUGAGAUAAACCGCGGAGAAGGCUGGUAAUAGUUAAUAGUGUCAAACGAAAAUUGUAUUUUUAUUCUUAACGUAGCAGAUUCGGGGCACAAUAUCAUUUAAAAUUAAUUUGCCAAUAAUAUAAUAUCUAACGUCAUGGUAUCCACUAUUAAUAAUUGUCCACGAUAAUAAUUUGUUCUUAAAAUCCUUUGCUCUGACGCAGUGUUCCAAAAAAAGUUUCUUGUUUUUUUUUUUUUUUGAGCAAUAUUUUUCGUAGAAAACACAAGACGUAAAAGUUAAAAAAAUAAAAAAAAAGGAAUCUAAAGGUAAUGAAUUUAUCAAUUUUAUUUUUUUCGUCUGUUUUCAAUGUUUUUAAAACUGCUUGGACAGUCGAAUAAAGAUUUCCCCAACGCACCAACUAGAUAAGAUUUCUUCUCUGUUGAAAAGUUGUUCACAUACGCUCGCUACGCUCCAAAUAUUAAAUUCAAUGCAAUUUGUAUUGUAUUAACGUGUUUUUAAUGUUUCAAAAUAAUUCACGAUACCGUAUUUAACAUGAAUAUUCUAUAGCAGAAUAAAUUUAAAAUACGUUUUGUAGUAUUGUGAUCGAAAUGAACUUGUCAUCGGUGACGAUUAAUCAAUGUCAAAUGUCCGAUGGGUCUAACGAUGCGUUCAACGGGACAAAUAAAUGCCAUCCUACAACCGAUUGCGCGUACAAGGAAGGCGGUCGGCGGUUCGCCGCUGGAAAUUAUUGGUGCAAGUGCAAACCGGGAUAUUAUUCAUUGCACCGCAUGUUCGAUGGUAUAUUGGUGGAAGGUAUAAAUUGCAUAAAAAUAAGUAAUAUCUAUCUAUAUUGCCAAAGGUCAAAAACCUUUAGUACACACAUUUAAUCGUUCCUGCAGUGGCUUCGCCGAAAGAAAUCGAAGACCGAUAUUCUUGUAAAAAGUGUUGGGAAGGAUGUGACGUAUGCGAUGGACCCAAAAGUUGUAUGGCUCCGUUUAUGUGGACACUAAGGUGAAAAAUAGAUAACAAAUUUGUUUAAGAAUCUUAACAAUUUUAAAAUAAAACACCUAAAUUAGAUAUAUGGCCCGAUAAUUAUUAUUUUAUAUGUAUUUCAGAAGUACGUUUCUUGGAAUAACUAUCGUUUGUAUAAUGUGCACCGUGGUACUCAUAUGGUUCGUACACAAAAACCGCCGGAUUAAAGUGUUUCGUAUUGCAAGUCCGACGUUCCUGAUUAUCACUUUGAUCGGCUGCAUUAUCAUGUACUCGGAAGUAAAUAGAAUUUAUAAUCAAAUUAACAUUUUAUGUUCUGAAAGAAGUGGUAUGUUUUUUAAUAGGUCGUUGCGGACGUUUUUGUUUAGCUUUGGCUAGUUGUCAUAUUAUCUUAAAAAAACUCUAGUAAUAAUCAUUAUUUAUUUAUCUAAUUAUUUUAAAUGAACAACGACUUAUUUAAAUCUAUAACUUUGUCAAAAAGAUUGAAUUCUUACCAAAGCUGGGCAGUAGAUUAGUUGAACAUGGAUUGAAAGUUGAAAUCCUUCAUAUACACACCAUUUAUACUAACACUAUACAUAUAUAAAAUUGCAUCACUCUGUCUUCAUUUGGAGGGUCUAUAUGGAUGUUCAAAAUAAAACAAAAUAACCUACUACCACAACAACAACACGAUAAAUUUCAUAUUGAAAUUCAACCCAACUUUUAUUACUUAAAUCAGUCAUAAAAAAAACCACAAAUUCCCGGGUUUGAAUUUAUUUGAUCUAGAGAUACGUUAUAAUUUUGAACUAAGUACUAAAUUAUAUAGGUACGGCAAUAAUAAAAUAAAAACAUUUUAUAUUUCAUAAUAUUAUGUUGAUAUUUACUAUUUUAAUAUCAAAAUAAGGUACGGUUUUAAUGUAGAAUUAUCAGAUAAUUUCCCACAGUAGAUAUAAUUUUAUAAUAAAUAGAUGCGGAAUUUAACACUAAAUUUAAAGUACUUAUUGAAAUUUAAAAAAAAAAAUUAUUGUUUUUUAUUUCAACGGUUAUUUGUGUUCCUCCUUUUUUUUUUGGUCUGUUUUUUAAAUUUAUUUAUAUUUUAUAUAUUUUUACGUGCCGAUUCCUUUUUAAUGUAUGUAAAACACGAUUUAUAUUUACAAUGGAUAAGAGUACAAUGUCAACAAAAGUUCAGAAAUAGAGAAAAAAAACAUUAAAAUUAUAAAUCAAUAAAAUGUGAAAUUUGAGUCCGCAUUGUCGUUUGAUAUUAAUUAGUAAUUUUCUUAAUAGCUCGUUUGCAAAGUAAUUCGUGGUUGCAUGUGGAACGUAAAAAAGGUAUUUUAAAACAGGUUAAAGAUAAACUUGAAAAUGAUUCGACUUUGCCGUUCAAUAACCUUUCAAUGAACCUAAUGCUCGCAAUAUGUCAUCGUUCAGCUAUAGAAGAUAGGCUAACUACAUUAGCUACCAUUAGCAUUAAUUUACAAUUAAUACCGAGUUUAAAAGUUCUUAUAAAGUUUUUCCAGAAAAUAUCAAUAUAGAAGGAUAAACUCAGUAAAUCACAAAGUUAGCAAUACCAAAAUCCUUACUUUAUAUUUUAUGAACUGCACAUUUCAUAGUACGUGCGAUUCUCCCAUACUAAAUGAACGCUAUUACCCAUUGAUUUUUAUAAAACAUUAUAUUGUCAAAUGUAUGACUUAUAAUUUUACACACCAAUGUACUUAUUUAACAGUUAAGAACAUCAAAUAUAGAACGGUAGAAUUAUAAUUACAAAAUAGUUUAAACAACCUAACUUUAUUUUAAGUGAUGUAAAAAUUCUGAUUUAAAAGAAAGGUAUUACACAUUUUUAAUUUGAAUUGAAAAUUAACUAAGAAGAUAAUAAUAAUACAUUUGUUAAAUUUUUUUCAUAAUAUAAGACAGGGCUAGCUAAAAAACCUCUAGUUUAUUAGAGAUUGAGGUGCUCGGCAACAUUUCCCGCUGGGUUAUCACCCGUAUUCCAGUAAUAAAGUCGAACGUUAAAUACCCAUAAAAUGUAAUAUGUUUAGAUACCUAUCUGGUAUAUGUCCACAGUAAAUUUUAUACAGUUUUUUUCUUUAUAAAGAUGGGUAUCAUGUUCCCGGAGUGCACCCAACAGCUGUGCGUUGCUACAAAAUGGACGCGGCACUUUGGGUUUUGCAUAACAUACUCGGCAUUGUUGAUGAAGACAUGGAGAGUAUCACUGACGUACAGAGUGAAGUCUGCGCACAAACUAAAGCUCACCGACAAACAACUGUUGCAAUGGAUGACACCAAUACUAAUGAUAGUGCUGGUGUACAUGGGAUCGUGGACACUCAGCGACCCGCCACAAGCGGUACUGGAAAAGUAUAUGGAGCGGAUGAAGUUCUGGCGAUGUUCGAACGAUUGGUGGGACUAUUGUCUAGCGGCUGGUAUGUGAUACGAAAUACGUAAUAAAAUUAAUAUUUUAAUAAAAUAUGUUUAGGUGAAAUUCUGUUUCUGGCGUGGGGCGUCCGGGUGUGUUACAUAGUGAGAAACGCCGAGUCGUUUUACAAUGAAGCACAAAUCAUCAACUUUGCCAUCUACAACAUAUUUAUAGUCAAUAUUACUAUGAUGACGAUACAGUAAGAUUCGGUCGUAAUACUAUGCAUUUUUAUUUUUUUCGAUCACCCGUAUUUCAUCGUCGUUUGGUUAGUUUUAUAUGUGUCCAGUCAUAAUACAAAUAAAUAGAGUUAAAUUUUUCUUUUUUUCAUUUUAGCUUUUUCUUGUUUCCCGACAUCGGUCCGAAUUUCAAAUAUACAUUGGGAUUCAUCCGGACUCAGUUGAGUACAUCAGUAACUAUUGGUCUGGUCUUCGGUUCAAAAGUAGUGAGAGUACUGAACGGUCAAGGCGAUCACUGGGAAAACAACAAGUUACAAGGCAAAGGUUUAAUGUCCUAUGAGAUGAACGAGAUUUGCGAAGAAACCAAUGAUUUACAGACGGAAAAUGAGGAACUCAAAGAAGAAAUAUUCAAGUUGGCUACACAAAUUGGUCAGUUGAAAAAUUCAUUGUCACAUGUGAAUAACAGACAUCUGAGGAAGAACGGUUGCCUGAAUUGCAAUCCUGUCGUUUCAAACCAACCAAGUCCGACACACAAAACGGGUAGUUUUUUCAAAAGCUUGGGAUCGAAUAGUUGUCUAGCACCUUCAACCAGUGCUUAAAAAUUAUAAUAAACCCUGUUAUAUAAAAGAAAAUAUUGAUUUUAAUUACGUAUUAAUAAAAUAUUUACUUUACAAAUAGAAAAAAACUUAAAAAAUAAAUGUACGUACAUAUAAAAACACACAUAGAAUACAAUCAAUUAAAUUUUUAAAUAUAUUUAUAAUACGUAAAUAAUAUAUAUUGUGACAUAUGUAUUAUAAUACAAUACAAUGGUUAUAACCAAUCAUUAAUCUUCUUCAAGGAAAAAAAAAUAUACUCAUCAUCGAUUCUGGUAAGUUUACAUUUCUAUUGCAUACAAUAUUGGUUAUUAUUAUUAUACAAUCAUUUGUUUUUUUUAUCAGUCUUAUUAUAUGCUUAUUUUUAAUAGAAAACAUAUUUUUUUCUGAUAUCAGUUGUAAAACAUAACUGAUAAUAAAGCUAAACUAAAAUUUGGAGACAAAAAACCCCAAGUACAUAAACAUUAUGUUGUUCUAAUUAGUUAUCUAUGGUCAAAGUAUAAUUAAAAGUGUAUAAUAUAAUAAUUGAUUGAUUCUAAACACAAAAAUAAAAAAAAAAUACAAACAUAGGUAUUACUAAUAAUAUCAUCAUCCAUACAAGUACAUCAUAACUCCUGACACAAGCUACAUAAUAAUAUACUAAAAUAGAUGUACGUACAAUACAAUAAUAAUAUAUAUUAUAUACAUUUGGACAAACUAAGUUCAAAUAAAUUUUUGUUCACAAUAAUAAUAAUAUGUAUGAAUUCACUUUAUCACAGUAAAAGUGUUUUAUAUGCAAUCCACACACUAACGUAUACAUAUUGGAUAUUUACACAAGAAUCAAAAAUUCAAAACUGACUAAUAAUAGACUAAAAUUUAUGAACACUAUAUUUUAUCAAAAAAUAUGUGAAAAAAUAUUUUGAAAUGGUGACGAGAUCUAAUGAGCCAAGUUUAAUGGCUCUUGGAGUUCCUGUACAGGUGCUGGAACACAUUGUUCUUCGAAAUUUUGUAUGUUCGCCACCAUGGUGACAUCCACAUUGCUAGUCGGUGAAUCAAACU